UUGCAGUCUCGAUCUAAUCGGGCACUCACAAUGAGUCCAUGUUGUUGAUUGCAUGGCAUGUGAGAGAGUGGGCUUAGAUAUGGCCUACGUCAUGAUUUCCUCCAAGAAAAGGGCCACGAGCACAGCCUCCAGCAGCGCAAUCAAGCGUCACUACGGUACCGACGUGGCCAAAGUGUUGCGUGGCUUCGUACAAAAGGAGAUAUAUUGACGGGUCAGCCGAUCGGUAGAGCAUCGUUAUUCCAUCCAGCACACCAAACAUGGCAGACACGAGCGAGCAACAGAGCGGGCUCAAACAGUUCCUUGCAUCGAUAGCGACGAUCAAGGGGGAUCUCUCAACCAUCACUGCUCCCCCCUUCGUCCUCGCCGAUAAGAGCACCACUGAAUUCCCGCGUUACUGGAUCGAGCAACCAGAGCUCUUCAACGCUCCUGCACACGAACAAGACGCUGCCAAGCGUAUACUGGCGGUGCUCAAAUGGUUCCUAGCCAGCCUCAAGUCGCAACAGUAUGCCGGACGGCAGCCCAGCCAAGGCGUCAAGAAACCACUGAAUGCCUUCCUCGGUGAAGUCUUCAUUGGCGAUGUGGGCGCAACGGAAGAUGACCAAACCCAUCUGAUUGCAGAGCAAGUGAGCCACCAUCCACCAGUGACCGCAUGUUACCUGUGGAACGAUAAGCAUGGUGUGCGGGCAGAAGGCUACACUCGGCAGGAUAUCCGCUUCACGGGAACAGUAAAUAUCACUCAGAUCGGUCACGCAAUUCUGCACCUUGAUGCGUUUGACGAGGAUUACCUGAUCCCCUUGCCCAACGUGAAGGUAACGGGCAUCCUCACCGGCAGCCCUUACCCAGAGCUUCAGGGCUCCUACUCCAUUGUCUGUUCCAAUGGGUAUGUGGCCGAGGUCGAUUUCAGUGGAAGGAGGAUGUUCGGCUUGGCGGGCGACAAGAAUCAUGUGACUGCAGCAGUAUACCCACCCCAGGACAAGAAACACAAAGAGCCUAUCUAUGUUGCGCAGGGUAAUUGGUCGGAGCAAUUCGAAAUCAAAGAUAACGCUGGAACCGUGAUUGACACGUACAGCGUAGCAUCUGCCACAGCAAGCCAGUUCCGUACGUUGCCUAUCGAACGACAGGAUCCAUGGGAAUCACGCAAAGCCUGGCAAGGUGUCAUUGCAGCCAUCAAAGCGGGCAACAUGCAGGAGACUGCGGAUUCGAAAAACAAGCUAGAAAGUGCACAAAGGGAGCUGCGUAAACGAACUGAGACCGCUGAGGAGUCCUGGAGAGCUCUGUUCUUCACCAAAGAGACUGGUCACCCAAUUGCGGAAAAGCUCCUUGCUGAAGCUGGCAAGAAUCUGGAAGUACAAAGCACCGUCGGUGUCUGGAGGUUCAACCCUUCUGCCGCAAGUAGUUUACAGCGGCCGUGGAGAGGCGACUUGACGCCAUUUGGUUGAGCGCGCUGCCCAGAGACUUUGACGAGUUUACGAUAAUCUAGACAGGGCUUCAAGCUUUCCGCAUCGAUCUUUGCAACUCUUGACGCCCUUCCAAGCUGGUCUAAGCAUGCAUGCCAAGCGUAUUCUGCACUCCUCACGCCCAAACAAGCAGUUCCAACAUGUACGCCAAGCUUCACAUGUUGAAAUUCUUCUGGUAGCGCCGCUCUCUCUGCAUACCAAACUUAGUAUCCGGAGGGUUUCUUGACCGUUGAGUUGAAGCUGCCGUCUCCGCGCGCCUUGGCAAAUAAGUUCCAUACAGUACCAUGCGCCACUACUGUAUCAAUCUCUAGCUUCAUGUAGGAAUUGCGCCGACUAAAAGAAGUUUAUGACAGACACGUCAGAUAGAGCCCCCCAAUAAGGAAGUGAUGUCGUCGGAUGCCAAGAGAUGACGACGUGCGGCUGGCGCAGGAGAGGAGCGC